AUUCUGCUUGUUUCUUUGUCUCGCUUAUUAUUUAGGGCCCUGACACACGAGCGACCGAGUCGCGCGACUGAGACGCGCGACUCGGUCGCCGGGAAAUCGCUUGCCAUAAGAUAGCAUGGGCGUGGGUGAGAACCUGGCACACGGGCGACUGAGCGCGUCUCCAUCGCGCGUCUGUCGCCAGCAGACGCGAAUCCCCGCGACAGAUCGCGGCGACCAGUCGUGCGGGAGCCUUGCACACGGGCGACUUUUAGCCGCGCGUCCGAGCGACUGUCGGUCAGUAUCUGGUUGUAUGUGCUGGCGAGGAAGAUGGCGUUCGAUUGUGACCGUUUUAUAAUCGAAAUAGAAUCAAGGCCAGCUAUUUGGGAUUCCAGAUGUGAUGAGUAUGCUAACAAAUGCAAAAAGGGAAAGGCAUGGGAAGAGGUGUGCGAUAUGUUCGUUGAGAACUUCAAAGCCAUGGAUAGCGUCCAUAAAAAUAAAGCAGCUGCAGAUCUGCAACGGAAAUGGAAGAAUCUACGUGACUGUUUCAGAAGAGAACUGGCUAAACAGAGGAAUUGUAAAUCAGGUUCUGCAGCAGAUGGCAGGAAACAAUAUAUAUAUUUCCAGCAGUUAACUUUCCUAUUGCCAGUAUGCGACACCAAACCUACAACAGAAGAAUCUCCAGACUUGCACACGCAAGCCACACCCGCAGCAGCUACAUCUACGGCACCUACUUCUCUUAAAAGAAAAAAACCGUCACCAGAAACAGAAGAACUUGAGCUACUUCAGUCGCUUAGAAGAAAUAUGGAAAAACGACAUGCAGGUAGAGAAGAAGAAGACAGUGACAGGCAUUUCUUGUUGAGUCUUUUGCCGUACUUCAAACGUCUGCCAGACGAUAUGAAACUUGAAGUUCAAAGCGACUUUUUAAACACCUUAAGAAGGUACAAUCAGGUGUCAAUUUCUGGUCAUCGAUGUCCUUCUCAGACUUCUGUCUACCCUCAUUCUUCUCCAUCAGUGAUCACAGGCCCAUCAUUUGUUUCGCUUCCAUACCCUAGUAGUAAUACAAGUACCUCUGGAGUACGCAACCAACAAUUUACACCCACCAUCAGUCAGUCUUACAACUACGGGUCUCAUUCAACUUCAGAAACAUCGCAGUUAAUGAGUCAACCCCAGCAGCCGCUGCAAUGCCACGCCUUAUCACCAAUGUCACCAGCAGCUUCCUCAUCAGUAUCUCUCCAGUCUGAUACGUCAAGUAUUUGUGAAGACUAUUUUAACUGAUACCUAAUAAAUUAUAAGACAUGUGACCUUCAUGGAAAGAGCAGUUUCAGUGAAUAACAAAUAAAUAUGUUAUCUAACAAUUUUCUUCUAAAUUUAUGAAAGAAUUUAUUUUCGUGUGCAAAACGAUAAACAUUUAUGUGUUGGAUCUUUGAGACAAUAUCGUGUCACGUAAUAAUAAAUGUUACUUAUUUGGGGUAUGUUCAGAAAA